CUACUACUUUGUUUUGAUCGGCUUAGGAGGGUUCUCCGGUGUCAUGAUCAUCUGGACUCUAGGUUCUAUACCUUUGAGUCGGGUGUUCAAGUGACCGAUUCAACCAAGAGUGAGACCGCUCGGUUUGCUUCCUAGACUAAUAGUUAGCAACAAUGAUGUGCUGAUCGGGAUUCUAGCAAUAUUCCGACGCUCUUGAUAAAACUCCAGUAGCGAAUAUGCAUUGAGUCGCGAUGUGGCAUCCAAACCUAGAAAGAGCUUUCGAGAGCGUCGACAGAAUCAUGACGCGAAAUCUUUCACCGGUUCGGCAGGCGCGAUGACAGAGCCAUCAAUCCCCAUCGCUUUUUAAUAUUCGAGAAAGUAUCAACAUCCUCAUCAUCGGCAUCAGUCAUCUAUACCCAUCACAUCGUCUCAAACAUUCAUAACCAUCAUGUCACUUCAGCCAACCGUUCAGGCUUCCUCGAGCAGUCUUCGUCCUCGAAUCGUGCUACUAUCGCUCGCACUUCCCGAAAAUUACCAAGAAGAGCAGAACGACAGACUCUGGACGCGGCUAAGACUCCAAGCACAGCUUCGGCGUUACACGCGAGCUAUCGACGCUCUUCUGUAUCUGGCUUUCAAUACUCCGACGGCGAUCAUCAUUACCGAUUCUGCAAUCAUGGAACCAAGGUACAAAUCUCUAGCCAUUUUGAUUCGAAACUACGCGAUCACCGGUGGUACGGUCAUUCUACGCUGCGCCUGCUACCAAGCCAUGGAUGAGCAAAAGACCAACUUCUUCUUCAGUGAUUGCUUCAACCUGCCAUGGAUUCUUGGCGACAGAAAGACGGGAUCAACGUAUUUGAACAAGGAGGUAGCAGACAAGCUACCAUUGGGCCAACAGAGUUCGGAGUGGUUGAGUAAGCGAUGCUAGUCGGAAAGCAUACACCUGCGACGAGUAAUUUCUGGUCGCCUUUACAAGCCACCCAUCAGCGCUGAACGACAUCUUCGCAACUCCAUCAGACAAACACCCAUGGUCUGGACCGUGUACGGCAGAGGAAGUCUAGGUUACAUCGGAGCCACGGGUAGAUAUCAUUAUACCGAGGCCAUGAUCAUGGCUAUGUGUGGACUCAGUCUCGAGAACCAUUUAUCUGGAGACUCCCACUCUUCACAGCUGAAGAAUCAUCCCAUGGAGACUUUGAUAUCGGCCAUGCGGCGUCUCAGUCUCAAAGACAUUCCCAUUCCUUUGAUGUCCCGACAGCAAUGAUCCGUCGUUGUCUUGUGCUUCCAUCUCAUGAUUCCCACUCGUGUUCCUUUUGGUGUCAUCAAACCCCUUCAUUCUUUCAUUAUAUAUGACCAGUACAACCACAA